GCAUUUCAUUAGCAACUAACAAACAAGCACUAUCUUAUCGAGUCGUAUUAGUAAAAGUGUUGUGUGCCGCUACACACGCGUCGUACGCUUACAAUGUGAUGUGUGGUAUAAUUUAGGUAUUUAUAUUUGUUAUUAUGCAAUAUUAUUUAUUUAUAUUUUACAUUGAGCCGACUUAAAAAUUGAACAUGUCCCAAUUAACACCUGAUCCGCAGGAAUUUGAACAACUGAGCCCAAACUCAACGAGAGAUGCACAAUCACAAAUUCAGAAUAACAACGCACAAAAGAAGAGUGAUCCUAAAAAAUGGCGACUACUUUUGGAACCGGCUUUGGCUGGUUCCAUGAUAGCGAUAAAUCUUGGACAAACUUCGCUGCAGAAUUUUUAUUUACGCACAGCGUGUACGGUAGAUUUGGGAUACUCCACAGAAAUAUGUAGUAAAGGUGUUGGAGAAGAGUUUCGAACAGCUGAGGCUGCAAGUCAAGUGGUUGUGACAAAUGUCAACGUUAGUAGGAGCUUUAUUGGCUCUCUGAUCUCCGCUAUAGUUCUCUUAUUCUUGGGUCCGUGGAGCGAUUGCAGUGGGCGCCGAAAACCCUUACUCAUAAUGCCCUUAAUAGGGAUGAGCAUCAUGACCACUGGAGUUCUAUUGAUGAUUAUAUUUCCAGGGGCCUCUACUGCACAAGUAUUAUAUACUGUUCAGAUACCAAUAUCCUUGGGUGGAAAUUUUGGUUUGCUUUUGGCAGCUGCUUUUAGUCAUAUUGGAGAUGUGUGCCAUGCAACAGGUCGUGACGUCACUCGUACCAUGGGCGGACAUCGCGCCGUUAUACAAAUAUCUCAGGUGGUGGGCGCAGUACUAGGCCCUGUUCUGUAUCGAAAUUUAGGAUUCUACGCUGUGUUCCCUUUUGUUUUAUUACUACAGCUGUCAUCCCUGUUUUAUGUGAUAUACGCCGUGAAAGAUGUUAAUAUUAACAGCGAUAACAAAGUGUCCGUCUUAAACUGGAAGCUACCAUUAAAUGCAUUCUAUUGCCUGACACGGAAGAGAGAAGGCAACCGAAGAAAAAUAAUAUUUUUAUUAUUGAUCGUUACUCUUGGAGAUAGAGUAUUCCUAUCUGCGGAGGUGUUAUUAUCAUAUAUGUACUACAGAUACAAAUUUCAUUGGGAUGACGUUUUAUUUGGAGGUUUUCUUGCUUAUCGCAAUGUAAUUAGCUUUUUCGGAACUCUUAUAAUCUUGUCGAUUCUGAAACAGCGACUACGUCUCUCGGAUGAGGUUGUUGGUGCCCUCAGCUGUGCGACACAUGGGAUUGCUUCGAUUGGCCUCAUUCUUGCUACCACUACCCUCGCUGUCUUUAUAAUUCCUAUAGUUGGGAUAAUUUCACAAGGAUCUCAAGUGGUGCAGAGACCUCUAAUGAAUAAACAAAUUUUACCAACUGAACAAGGUAAAAUAUACAGUGUAUUAGGAGCACUGGAAUCAGCAACACAAACUAUAACUUCACCCCUUUACUCACUACUCUAUAGCAGAACCGUAUCAACAAUGCCUGAUGCGUGGUUACUACCGGGUAUUGGCAUUGCUAUUAUACAAGUGUUGGCGUAUACAUCAUCAAAAUUAUUAGUGGCUAGAAAAACAGAAGAUAAUGUCAACGAAAAAAAAAGUAUACAGCUAGAGAUAUCAGAUGAUGUCAGAAAAUUAAGGAAAGAUGAGGAAACUGACGAGAACAGAAGUCUUAGAAGUGAAUCGCGUUUUAAAAAUACGAGUGAACUAGAAAAAUAGU